CAUACUGUACGUAUGCCCCUCCUAUCACAUGUGCAAGGCGUCGAUAAUCAAGUACAAACAUACCUUCCUCUCCUUCUUCCAUUUUCGUUAUUGGGCAAUGAAACGAAGAGACAGAUCGUAUUCCCCCGACGUUGCAAACAAAAGGGUAAGACACUCUUCUCAUCGUUCAUCUCGGUCUCCGUCGCCCAUUAGGCGUGCUCCAAGGCUCAGUAUUAGGUCACGACACGACGACGAUAGGGACAGGGACAGGGAUUGGGGCCGUGACCGGGACAGACGUGAUAGAGACAGGGAUAGAGACAGAGACCGUUACCGGGACGAUAGACUUAAGGAUGAAAGAAGGAGGGACUAUAGAAUCGAUAGACGUGACGAACGGCGGGAUGACCGACGCCGCUCCCGUUCCAGGGACCGCAGGUCUCGUUCAAGGGAGCGUCAACCUGCAAUACCACCUUCUCCUCAGGCUACCCCAACGCCUGAAGCCGUGGCCACACCUACACCUCCCCCUGAAGAUGAAGCAAUAAAGGCAAAACGUGCAAAGUUCGAAGCAUGGAAAAAGGGCCGAGAGGCAAAAAAAGCCCUUGGUGAGGCAAAAGCCAAAGCAAUGGCUUUAGCCGGCAAGUCAGCUCCAGGUAAGUAGUGUCGUGCUCUUUCCUUUCGGAAAUACUGGAUUUCACAUCACUUGAUCGCCCAUAGUAUUGGCCGAACUACCUGCGAAACCUACUGGACAACUUAACCGUGCAGCCCUCGGCGGCUUAGGGCUAAAGGGACUACCUCUCAAACCAGAAUUCACAAAAGCAAUGACAGCAUCGAUGGAUGACUCGGUUGAAACCAAACGUAAAUUGGAGAAGUUGGAGGAUAUGCCUGCAAUAGACAUGAGCAUGAAUGAAGGUGAAGCCAGCGUUGGGGAUCUUGAGGUCGACGAUGAUGAUGAGGAAGCGAACAGAAUGGAUCAGGCACUGAGGAAGAAAGCUGAACAGGCUAUGGUGGUUGAUGACGAGGAGACUGAUCCUUUGGAUGCCUUCAUGAGUGGAGUUAAAGAGGAGGUGAAGAAGGUCAAUAUGGAGGACAUGAAGAAAAUUAAUGAGAACGGGCGUCUGAGUAAACGUCUAGACGAAGUAGCCGAUGACGAAGAGCUUGUCGAGGACACAGCACCAGAUGAGUUGGACACUACCGACCUCAAUCCCGAAGAUAUCUUAGCUCUGGCAGCCAAAAAGGCGAAAAAGAAGGAACUAGCUACGGUGGACCAUUCUCGAGUCAAGUACGAGCCCUUCCGUAAAGAAUUCUACAUUCCUCCUCCCGAUAUUGCCGCGAUGACGGAUGAAGAGGCGGAUCUGUUGCGACUUGAACUUGACAGUAUCAAGAUUCGAGGAGUUGACUGCCCAAGACCUGUCACAAAGUGGAGUCACUUUGGUCUUCCUGCUAGCUGUUUGGAAGUAAUUAAAAAGCUCAACUACACGGCCCCCACGUCUAUCCAGGCCCAAGCUAUCCCCGCUAUCAUGUCAGGUCGAGAUGUUAUAGGCGUCGCAAAAACUGGUUCCGGAAAAACCAUUGCCUUCCUUCUCCCUCUUUUUCGACAUAUCAAGGACCAAGGACCCUUGGAACAAAUGGAGGGUCCAAUCGCUAUUGUGAUGACUCCAACUCGUGAACUCGCAGUUCAGAUACAUAGGGAAUGCAAGUCCUUUCUGAAAGUCUUGAAUUUACGGGCUGUGUGCGCCUAUGGUGGCUCGCCGAUCAAAGAUCAAAUAGCAGAUUUGAAGAAGGGUGCUGAGAUCAUAGUCUGCACGCCUGGUCGGAUGAUCGAUCUUCUAACUGCCAAUUCUGGACGUGUUACUAACCUCAAACGCGUCACUUAUGUUGUACUCGAUGAGGCCGACCGCAUGUUUGACAUGGGUUUCGAGCCUCAGGUUAUGAAGAUAGUCAACAAUAUCCGUCCGGACCGACAAACCGUUCUCUUUUCCGCUACAUUUCCUAAACAGAUGGACUCACUCGCGCGCAAGAUCCUUUACAAACCCCUCGAGAUUACAGUUGGUGGGCGGUCAGUUGUUGCUGCGGAAAUUGAACAGAUUGUAGAGGUUCGAGCUGAGGAAAGCAAGUUUACUCGUUUGUUGGAGAUUCUUGGCCAGAUGUAUAACGAAGAUCCCGAAUGCCGGACGUUGAUAUUCGUAGAUCGACAAGAAGCUGCCGAUAAUUUACUUCGCGAAUUGAUGCGUAAAGGCUAUCUCUGCAUGUCACUUCAUGGCGGCAAGGACCAGGUGGACCGUGAUUCCACCAUUGCCGACUUCAAGGCGGGUGUUGUCCCUGUUGUUGUUGCUACCUCUGUUGCGGCGAGAGGGUUGGAUGUUAAGCAGCUGAAGUUGGUCAUAAAUUAUGAUGCACCUAACCAUAUGGAGGAUUAUGUUCAUCGGGCAGGUCGAACUGGACGUGCUGGAAACAAGGGAACAUGUGUAACGUUCAUAACCCCAGAACAAGAACGAUAUUCCGUUGAUAUAUAUCGAGCCGUGAAGGCUAGCAGUGCUCCCAUCCCCAAGGAGCUUGAGGAACUUGCAACUGGCUUCCUCGAGAAAUUGAAAUCAGGCAAAGCUCAAGCGGCGGGAUCAGGUUUUGGUGGAAAGGGCCUUGACCGACUUGAUAAGGAGCGAGACGCGAAGGAGAAAGCAGAGCGUAAAGCUUAUGGAGAGGGAGAGGAGGAGAAGGCUGUUGUCUCCGAGGAGCCCACUGCGGUCAACAAGACCGCAGCGCCAGGCGAUGACAUGACAUUCGGCAGCUUCAAAGUGGAAAUCAAGCGUGGACCUGCCCCCGACUCCUCAAAGGGUAUUCUCGGCGUUGGCAGUGCUGUCGUUGCUGCUAGGCGUUUGGCUCAAGCCAAAGAGGAAGAGAAACUGCAAUUGCAAGUGCGAACGGCAGAAGAAGCCGCUUCGCGUGCAGGCAAGGAUACCCCCGCCUACAAACAAGCGAUGAGUGUUGUCGCGAAACUAAAUGCACAGAUCCGCGCUUCUAAGCUUGUGUUGCAGUCUCAAAUUCAAUUUGAGAGUAAUCCAGAUCGGAAGGUCAACGCGAACACCGACUCGAAUGACUUCCAUGCUAUCAUUCCCAUCAAUGACUAUCCUCAGAAAGCCAGAUGGCGUGUCACUAACAAGGAGACGAUGGUACAGCUCAUCGAUAUGACGGGUGCGUCCGUCACGAACAAGGGUAUUUACUAUGAACAGGGCAAAGAACCGCCACUUGAAGGACCACCCAAGUUGCAUCUACUUGUCGAGUCCAACGAGGAGUUUAGGGUGGAGCAAGCGGUUCGCGAGAUUAAACGGCUCCUUGUGGAGGCAUCAACUGCUGCUUUACAAGCGGAAAUGCGUAACCCUACCGCCUCAGGAAGAUACAGCGUGCUCUAAACAAGUCCUCUCACCAUCCGAUCU